AUGCCUUUGAAAUUUGUCAGUAGUCAGAAGGGGAAGCGACAAUUAGUGCUUCAUGGUUUUAUUUAUGGUGUGCAUCGCGAAAAUACUGAUGUUGUUGUCUGGCGAUGCAUUAAGUAUAAGGAGAGUUGUCGCAGUCAAGUAUACACAUCUUCGAUGACACAGAGUGGAACAGUUCUGAAAAUGACCGAUCACAAUCAUAGUCCAAAUGCUGGAUUUGUUGAGUCGCGACUGGCUAUAGCAAAAAUUAAAAAACGAGCUAAAAAGUCCUCAGAGAGCACAGGUGCGAUUGUGUCCGCUGGAAUUUCAAACAUAACCGAAGCGGCUGCUGCUGAAUUACCGAGUGUUUCGUCCCUGCAUCGAACGGUACAACGGACGAGGACACGCGCAAAUCCUCAAUUACCGACCCCAAGCAAUGUAGAAGAUCUUGAAAUCCCGGAACAUUUUAAA